AUGGCGCUCUUGAGUCUCUUCCUGCAAAGUCUCUCUUCCUUGUUGCUUAUUACUCUCUUUACCCUUACCUGGGAAUAUAUUAAAUCCCCCCUCAAGUCAAUUCCGGGGCCCUUUUUUGCCAAAUUUACAAAUCUAUGGCGCUUUUUCGACACCUACGCUGGCCGGCCAGAGCUUACACAACGAAUCCUGCAUGAGAGAUAUGGCCCUGCCGUACGGCUCGGUCCAAAUGUGGUCAGCUUGAAUGAUCCCUCUCUCGUGCGUACUAUAUAUAAUACCAAAGCCGAUUUCGUGAAGACUAAGUUCUACGACGUCAACGCUACCAAAGUGGGAAACACGGUCAUUCAGAACGUCUUCAGCACCCAGAGCAAUGAAUAUCACUCACAGCUCUUGCGCCCUAUUGGGAAGUUCUACAAGAUGUCCAGCUUGUUACCGAUCCAGAACCUUGUGAGCGGUACAAUCGAAACGUUUUGCAGACGCAUCGAAGAGGAAUACAUUGACGGACCCAAUGCAGGGAAGACCUGUAAGAUGGAUGAAUGGAUGCUAUUCUUUGCUUGGGACGUUAUUGGCCAAUUGACAUUCAGCAAACCGAUGGGCUUUUUGGAAAAGGCAGGUGAUGAUACGGGCAUACUGGAAAGCGCAGACAAGGCCCUCGAUUACUUCGCCACCGUCGGCCAGAUUCCGGAACUUGACCAAUGGCUUGCAAAGAACCCAAUCAUGCCAAUCGGACCUCCCAGUUUUGAAGCCCAGGCCAUCCUUUGUGCUCAACAAUCUAUUGCCCGGCAGCAAGGCUCUGAUGGUAAAGACAAAGACUCUCGGCAGAAGGACAUGCUCGACUCUUUCAUCGAGAUUAAGAAUGCGAACCCCGAGCUGAUAGAUGACAACGGUAUUGUCAGUGCCCUCAUGGUGAACAUAUUUGCCGGAGCAGACACCACCGCAAUCUUGUUACGAUCAGUUGUGUAUUACACCCUGAAGAACCCCAAGGUUUACAGACGGCUACAACGAGAACUCGACGCUGCAAACUUGGCCCAACCAAUUUCAUAUGAAGAUGCCAGCAGCGUUGCCUACCUUGAUGCCGUAGUCAAAGAGGCUUCCCGUAUGCACCCCGGAGUCGGCCUCCUUCUCGAACGUGUUGUCCCAGAAGGUGGCCUUACCCUCCCUGACGGAACCGUGAUCCCACCCGGAACAACUGUAGGCAUGAACCCAUGGGUCGUCCACCAGAACAAGACUAUUUUCGGCCAGGAUUCAGAGUCCUUCAACCCGGACCGUUGGCUCAGGAACAUUGAUGAUGGGGAGACUGAAGAGGCCUUCCAAGCACGUCUGACCGCGAUGAAGCAGGCAGAUCUCACGUUCGGUGCUGGAAACCGCAUUUGCUUGGGCAGAAACGUGAGCAUGUUGGAGACGUAUAAGAUUAUUUCCACCUUGUUUUUGAAGUACGAUAUGAGCUUUGUGGACCCCCACAAAGUCUGGCAUGUCCAGAACUCCUGGUUCGUGCGACAGUCAGGUAUUGAUGUUAAGAUACGACGAAGGGCCCCGGCAGCCAUGUGA